AUUACAUCUUCCAACUUGGUAUCAGCCAUUUUUUUCCUUUCUUCGAUCCUCUCCCAUGGCUUCCAAAAGCUCUUUUCAUCCCGCUCUUGCGGUUACCUCUAUCAAAAACUUAAUUCCCCUCAUCCUUGACACCGAAAAAGUCCAAUAUUCUUCUUGGGCGGAACUCUUUAAGAUUACAGCCCGUGCUUACGAUGUUUUGGAUCACAUCAUCCCUCCGAAGAAAAUACCCACCACCACUUCCGCCGGCAAGGAUGAUGACACCGACGCUGACUCCGACGGUGCCACCGACUCCAUCGACCCUCUUCUCUGGGAUCGCUUGGACGCCGUUGUCCUCCAAUGGAUAUACGGCACCAUCUCCCCCGAUCUCUUACUUAACAUUCUUGAACCGGACUCUACGGCCAUGGAAGCAUGGACCCGAUUGGCCAACAUCUUUCAGGAUAAUAAGCACGCUCGCGCAGUGCAUCUUGAGGACGAAUUCUCUCACGUUCGUUUGGCCAAUUUUGCCUCUAUUUCAGCAUACUGCCAGCAGCUCCGCACCAUUGCCACCAAUCUUGCCAACGUCGGUGCUCCGGUUGAACAUAAUCGGCUGAUUUUGCGACUGGUCAACGGGCUCACCGCACCAUUUACAACGGUUGCUUCCAUGAUCCAGCAAACGGUCCCUCUUCCAUCGUUCGAAAAUGCCCGAUCCAUGCUUCUCCUAGAAGAAGGCCGACAAGCACAUAGCAUUGAGCACGAGCCACCCUCAGCUUCGGCCCUUGUUGCCACCGUCCCAAAAUCUGCUCCUACACCUUCUCCUGCUCCCCGUCCGCGCGGAGGAGGUCGCAGCAAUUCUGGACGCGGCAAAGGUCGCGGAAAACAGUCUGGUUUCCGGCCGCAUGAUCAGUCCGCAUGGCCGCCACAUCCAGGAUCUCCAUGGGCCAUCCCUCCUUGGGCUGCUUGGAUGCAACAGUUCUGGCCCACACCCCCAUGUCCAUACCCUACUGCCCCUGCCCAAAAUACUCCGCCCCGGUCUUCUUCUGCCGGUCUAUUGGGUCCAAGGCCACAUGCACUUACUGCCGGGUAUGGCUACCCAUUUCCUGCAGGUCCCACACCACCUUUUAUGCCAACGGAUCUUCAGACCUCUAUGAAUACCAUGUCUCUCAACCCCCCAGAUGACAAUUGGUACAUGGACACCGGGGCAACUUCUCACAUGACCUCGGACGCAGGUGAUGAUGCUUAUGUGGACUGAUGAUUGUAUGACCACGAGAGCGGUUUAGAGAUGCCUUAGUCAAACCUAGUCAUAAAUAAACAAUCCAAUUAUGUUGAACACUUGUUUUACUUUGUUUGGUGAUUGCCUGUGCAUUCGGUUAAGAGAUGACCGGAUGUGGCGGUAACACUCAUUUCCCAAUUAAUGUUAUUUCCGCU